AAGUUCUUGUAUAGCAAAACUCUCCACCCAGCGCCUCUCCCGACCAUGCUGAGUUCGAAGCUUCCCCACCUGCUCAACACUAACCAAGUUCCCAAAGUCUUCCGGGAGCAAGGCAUUCUUUUUGGGUACCGCCACCCAAGGAGUUCUGCAACAGAUUGCAUCUUCAGUGUCUUCCAAAUGACAAAUGAAACCCUGAACAUCUGGACACAUUUUCUGUCUGCCUGGUACUUCCUAUGGAAGUUUUUGGCCUGGUCUUAUGCCCUGGAUGUCUGGAGCGACCGCUACACCUGGCCCUUCCUCACCUACAUGGCUACCUGCUGCAUUUAUCCACUGGCAUCCAGCUUUGCCCAUACCUUCAGCACAAUGUCCAGCUGCGCAAGGCACAUAUGCUAUUUCUUCGACUAUGGUGCUCUCGCUUUGUACAGCUUAGGCUCUGCCGUGGCUUACUCUGCCUACAUUUUCCCAGAAGAAUGGACGGACAGCACAUUCCACCAUUACUACCUCUCCUUUGCUGUGCUUAACACAAUUAUUAGCACAAGCCUUUCCUGCUAUUCCAGGUUCACUGAAAUGGAGAAGCCAAAGUUCAGCAAAGCGAUUCGCAUCCUGGCCUUUGCGUAUCCUUAUGUGUAUGACAGCGCGCCUCUUUUCUACAGGUUGUACUUGUGCACAGCAAGAGGCUGCACGGAGAAUGCCGUCCCGCUCCACUACAGGCACAUUGCUUUCGCCUGGCUCACCUGCUUCCUUUUUGCUACACACCUGCCAGAGCGGCUGGCACCUGGACUAUUUGACUAUAUCGGGCACAGUCACCAGCUCUUCCACAUCUGUGGGGUCAUUGGGACCCACUUCCAGAUGGAAGCACUUCUCGUAGACAUGACCGACCGGCGCGAGUGGCUGCAGGCUUCCUUACCAGCCCCCUCCUUUUCUCAAACAGUUGGUUUAGUUGUGGCUUCCACUGCCGUCAGUCUUAUCAUCAUUGCUGCUUUCUCAACCACCCUCUAUUCUAUACCAAAAUUCUCCAAGGAAGGAAGAAAACGCAGCAGGGACUAGAGCUUAUCAUUUAAAAACCCAAACAAAAUUUAUACUACUGUUAACAUAGAAGAUACAACACAUACUUAUCCUGCUUUGAAGAAAGUUUGGUGCAUAUUCCUUGAUAAGUGACAUAAGGGACUUUUAUUAUGAACUGAAUUUUAUACUGCAGUUUUUCUAUCACAUGAGCUUGAAGUUGUACACAAUCUGGGAUGUGGCUUUUAAAUUAUUAUCAUUUGACCAUUUAGAAUGCUUUACCAGAACUGCAAGUCUGAGGACUCUGUGAGAACUCUGCAUAACUCCAACCACUAAACUUUGUAACAGCAGCGAUGAUAAUUUAUUCAGAUAUGACAGUUUGCACGAUAGAAACACUGGUCAUCUUCCAUGCCAAAGAAGCUACAGUGGCCUUUAAGUAUUUGCACGUAUCUUAUAUGCUUGGAAAGACAUAGUAUUGUCAAGCAUAACUGGGUGUAAUAUUUCUAUCACUCAGUAAUAAUGUACAGAUCUUCCUAAUUCAGAAACUUGGAAUGAAAUGUGAUCAGGUUUUUUUAAAAUUGUUUGUCUAAAUGUAUAUUUUUGUAAGUAGCUUCUGCUGAAGUUUACACAUGCACUUUUUGGUAACAAUAAA